GCAGUGGGGUGGUCUGAGGCGUCAUUAGCGCAGACUCAGUCGGCUGGGGCUUGGAGUGAGGCGAGAUCGGCAGCUAUCGCAGCCAUGUCUGAUUAUGGAAAUUACAGCCAGCCUGGAGCUCCAGCACAAAGCUAUGGAUCAUAUGGUGGACAGCCAAGCCAAAGUUCACAAGCUUCACAGGGUUAUGGUGGCUAUGAGCAGUCUGGUGAUGCUUCUGGAUAUGGACAAGGCCAAAGUGGGUAUGGUUCAAGUUAUGGACAAGCACAGUCAGGGGUGAGUUCUCAAACUUCACCAUCAGGUUAUGGACCAGGCUAUGGAAAUGAGAGUCGUGGACAGCAGCAGAGAAAUUAUGGACAAUUUUCGGAUUCCUCAAGCAGUUAUGGCACUAAAUCAGAAACAGAGUAUAGUAACCAGUCAAGUCAACCAAGUUACAGCCACUCAACCUCUUACCAUCCACCUCAUGAGAGCUAUGGCCAGCAGAGAUCAGGAGAUGACUAUGAGCAGGAAAGACCAAGCAGGAGUAAAUUUGGAGAUGACAGCCGAAACUUUGGCAGACAGCAGGGAAACGACGGCAGAGGUCGUGGUGGAUAUGGCCAAGGUGGAUAUGAUGCCGACAAUAGAGGGGGACGUGGUAGAAUGGGCGGUGGUGACCGUGGUGGCUUCAAUAAUUUUGGUGGCUCAAGAGAUCGUGAACAAGGCCCUAAUCCUGCUUCUGAUGAUAACUCUGAUAACAACACCAUUUUUGUCCAGGGCCUGGGAGAGGAUGUAACAACUGAACAAGUUGCUGAGUUCUUUAAGCAAAUUGGUGUGAUUAAGAUUAAUAAGAAAACUGGAAGUAUCAUGAUCAACCUCUAUACUGAUAAAGCGACAGGUAAACUGAAAGGUGAAGCGACAGUGUCUUUUGAUGACCCUCCUUCAGCAAAAGCAGCAAUUGAUUGGUUUGAUGGAAAGGAAUUCCAUGGAAACAUACUAAAAGUUUCCUUCGCAACGAGGCGAUCAGAGUUCGCACAGGGUGGCCGAGGUGGACGAGGAGGUGGCCAGAUGGGUAGAGGAUUCGGUCGUGGCUUUCAGGGUGGCGGUGGUCCAAGAGGUGAUGAUUGGACUUGCCCAAAUCAAACGUGUGGUAAUGUCAACUUUGCGUGGAGAAAUGAAUGCAACCAGUGCAAAACGCCCAGAGUAGAUGGCGGCGGAGGUGGUGAACAUCAAGGCAGAGGUGGAUUCAGAGGCCGUGGGGGUUACCGUGGAGGUAGAGGCGGCGAUCGUGGUUUUGGUGGUUCUGGAAAAAUGGGUGGUGGAAGAAGCGAUUACAGAUCUGAUCGACGUGACAGGCCUUACUGAAAGCAUCCUGGGAACAAGUUUUUUCUUUAGUGGUGCUUUAACAUUGAUACAAUGUAAUGUACUUUUUCACAGUAUGUAUUUGAAGAUGAAGAUUAAACUGAAUUUUUAAUAAA